GGGAGCGCGGGGAGCCGCGGGGCCGGGGCCGGCCCAAGGGCGCCCUCGCCUUGGAGCCGGGCGUGGGGGCCAGGGUGGAGACGGAGGCCGGCGGGCCGCAAGCGCGUAGAAGUUUGGCGGCGGCGGGGCCAGCGUCCCGGGGUCUCGAGGCGGCGACGCAGGGGUCGCAGCCAUGGGGGCGGGCGCGGGCGGCGGGGCUGGCGCGGAGGUGGCGCGGCGCACGCUGAGUCCCCCGAGCUGCGCGGCCGCCGCGGCGCAAAGUUAGCCCGGCGCCCCGGGACGAGCCCCGCAGCCGCUGGCCGGACGUGGACCCCGCUUCGGCAUGGGCGAACACCCCAGCCCGGGCCCCGCGGUGGCCGCCUGCGCCGAGGCUGAGCGCAUCGAGGAACUGGACCCCGAGGCGGACGAGCGGCCGCCGGCGGCACCGGAGGACCACUGGAAAGUCCUGUUUGAUCAGUUUGACCCUGGGAACACGGGCUACAUCAGCACAGGCAAGUUCCGCAGCCUCCUGGAGAGCCACAGCUCCAAGCUGGACCCGCACAAACGAGAGGUGCUCCUGGCUCUCGCUGACAGCCACGCGGAUGGGCAGGUCUGCUACCAGGAUUUUGUCAACCUGAUGAGCAACAAGCGGUCUAACAGCUUCCGCCAGGCCAUCCUGCAGGGGAAUCGCAGGCUCUGCAGUAAGGCCCUGCUGGAGGAGAAAGGGCUGAACCUCUCGCAGCGGCUGAUCCGCCAUGUGGCCUAUGAGACGCUGCCCCGGGAGAUUGACCGAAAGUGGUACUAUGACAGUUACACCUGCUGUCCCCCGCCCUGGUUCAUGAUCACAGUCACACUGCUGGAGGUUGCCUUUUUCCUCUACAAUGGAGUGUCGCUGGAUCAAUUUGUGCUUCAGGUAACCCACCCACGAUACCUGAAGAACUCACUGGUUUACCACCCCCAGCUCCGAGCACAGGCCUGGCGUUACUUGACGUACAUCUUCAUGCAUGCAGGGAUAGAACACCUGGGACUCAACGUGGUGCUGCAGCUCCUGGUGGGGGUGCCCUUGGAGAUGGUGCACGGAGCAACCCGCAUCGGGCUGGUCUAUGUGGCUGGCGUUGUGGCAGGAUCCUUGGCAGUGUCUGUGGCUGACAUGACUGCGCCCGUCGUGGGCUCCUCUGGAGGGGUCUAUGCGCUUGUCUCUGCCCAUCUGGCCAACAUCGUGAUGAACUGGUCGGGCAUGAAGUGCCAAUUCAAGCUGCUGCGGAUGGCUGUGGCCUUGAUCUGUAUGAGCAUGGAGUUUGGGCGGGCCGUGUGGCUCCGGUUCCACCCGUCGGCCUAUCCCCCGUGCCCUCACCCGAGCUUCGUGGCGCACCUGGGUGGCGUGGCCGUGGGCAUCACCCUGGGCGUGGUGGUCCUGAGGAACUACGAGCAGAGGCUGCAGGACCAGUCCCUGUGGUGGAUUUUUGUGGCCAUGUACACCAUCUUUGUGCUGUUUGCUGUCUUCUGGAAUAUCUUUGCCUACACGCUGCUAGACUUAAAGCUGCCACCGCCCCCCUAAAGGGCUGGAGGACCACGGUCGGCCGGUCGGGGAGGGAGAAGCAGCAUCAGAAAGGAGCAUCUGUGUUCUUUUCCUCAUCACCAGCUCAGCGAGGCCAGGGAGGAGAGGACGAGAGACACUGGGCCGCUGUGAUACGUGUGUUCAGAUAUGGACACGCGAUGGAUGGAGCCUCUUUUCUGAAAAGCAUCUGCUGGAGAAGUUGGAUGUGGCUACCGUUGUUUUCUAGACUGUUCUGAAAAUAAUGGGGCCAGAGCAAAGGCCUGGGGUGGGGUGACAGUGGCCGCCCCCUUGGGCUGGGCAUGUUCCGUGUGUUCAGUGGUCUCCUCCCCUGUCAGAUUGGGCAGCAGCCUUAGCCUCCACCCUGAGAGACCGAAAGGGUGUAAGGAGGGCCUGAGGGGGUAGAAGCCGGCAAUUCCUUGUUCGGCCCAGAGAUGAUUGCAGCCCAGGAAGUGUUCCCUCUCCAGCUAUAGGGUCUGGGGCUCUGGAGUGGAAGAAGGCCUGGCCGUGGACAUGUUGACUUUGGCCUGGGUGGAGCCCAAGGUGCCCUCCUGUGCCUGUGGGUGAGCACUGGGGUGUGGCCUCUAGUGCCUAGGGGGACAGAGGAGGGAGGUUCUGUAACUUCAGGCCCCACCCUUGCCCUGGGGGGACCCAGCAAGAGGAACCCAAGCAAGAGGGAAUGAACUUCAUCCCAAAUUCCACUCGGGCACGUCCCAGGACCAACUGUGACGUCUCCCUCCCUUUCUCCCGGAGUGCUGACAUCUCACACCAGUGCCCCAGUACUCCUCCCCUUCCAUUGUCCUGACCCUACCUUGUGCCUCUCCUUUGGUUGUGCAGGUGAUAUUCCGAUGUGUGUGUGCACGUACGGUUUGGUGGGCUGACGUGCCCGUGUGAUGGGAAAGGCACUGUGAGGUGCCUAGGAGACUGCAGCGGAAGCCUGUGAGGGGCAUUGGGGGUCUGUGUGAGAGGAAGGGACAGCUCCUAAGGAUCUUUGCUUUUAGCAAAGCUUGUCCCUUCUUUCCCACCGCACCCCCACCCCACCCCAUCCCUUCCAAGCCUCUGAGAAUUGUGGACCAGUGAAAGAAUUUUCCCUGGUGGGGGGAGACCUCACUCCCUUCCAGAGCCCCUCAGGAGGCUGAGGGUGUCCUCACCUUCGCCAAGUUCUGUUCUAGGGUGGCCUUCAUAUCUGAAAAGGUUCUGUCCUAUCUCCCUUAGGAGGCAAGGGGCUUUGGGGGUACAAGACAGGCUGGAGCAGGAAUAUUAAGGCCAUGUGUCCUUUUGAGCCGGGGAGGACAGGAGGUUGCAGCAAAAGGAGUUCCAAUUUAGGUGGAAAACUGCUUCUAAAGAGCAAUUGUUGGGUGCUUGGAUGAGCGUCAAAGGCGAGGACAGCCCACAGACUCAGAUGCUCAGAGCUAGGAGGUAACUUGAACCCUAUCAAGUCCAUCCCCACCACCAUUUCACAAGUGGGAAAAUGAGGCCAAGCAAAUAACCCCCUACCAGGAGCUGGUGCAGGCCCUGAGGGGAGAGCAUGGGGAGGAUGGCCUUUGACAGAAUGUCAUUCCCUUUAUACUGCUCUUGAACUACCAACUACUGACAGCCCAGAAGGAUAAAGAACCCAAGUGUGGGAGGCAAAGGGACUGGGUUCGUGCAGGUACAAGGGCAGGAGUGUGGGAACCGCAUCCUACUAGCCACAUGCUUAUCAGAACCUUUAUGGACACUGAGGCCCGACGUCCAAAGUCAGCCAGGCCAGGAAUUGGGGAUUGUGGGCCGCUGCAGCCAGGGCACCCCACUCAGCUGUAGGCUAUGCCAGGCCCUUCCCUGUCUUUGCCCAAUGCUAAAUAGAUUGCCCUGGUCCCCACAUAUGGCUCCUGUGCUGCAUUGGUCAUGCUGCACUGUGCCAGCGCUGUGCUGAGGACUGCCAACGUGAGGUGGCGUGGGCCCAGAUCUUUAGCUGAGCUGCGUCACCCUGAGACAUCUGUCUGUGUCCUUCCAGCUAUUCCGUGACCUAUUGAGAGAAAGGUGUAGCUGGAAGAGUCAGCUUCUUAGGAGACUGAGGUGGAACUGGGGGCCAAGAAGACUUGGGGAUGGUGGAGAAGGGGGCCUUGGCCAUGGGCUGCAGCUGCUGCUAAACCUGAGUGGUGAUGACCCUUCCUGGAGGAGCAGAGGCAGCUAGUGCCCCUCCUGGCACCUGGGGCUUCUGGGUUGUGGGUGGAAGGAGCAGUCUUUGUCUGGUGUGGCCUGGAGAGGAACCUUCUUCUCUCAGGGGUGAGAAGACUGAACCAGAAGAUUCUAGAAAGCCCUCAGAGAAGCAUCCCGUUCCCUUGGGGCUUCAGAUGGAAGCUUGUUACUGAGAUGGACUGCCUGAGGCGGGAACCCCAUCCACCGUCCAGGUAACUCUGUCCUUUGAGGUCUGGAGCCUGCUGAGAGCCUCAGCUACACCAUAGGCCACCAGCCCGAACUGCUCCCUGUCAGCAGGGUAUCCAACGGCAACCCAAAAGUUCUCUGGUCUGCCUAACACCCACCUCCACUCCCCUCUCCCAGCCAUCCCUUCCAAGCAGGGGCACCCACCGGUGACAACAGUCACUUCACACAACCCAGGUCUCCCACCCAAGGGCCAGAGACGGAUGUCCCGUAAGAAAGGUUUACUUUUUGGUGUCAUGCUUUCUCCCCAGCAGGCCCCUUUGUUCCCUCCCAGGACCCUGCUGGCAGCGUGUCCACAUCAGUCCUCCCGCCUCACCCAGUAUGGCCACCUGGCCAGCGUGCGGGAAAGCUGAGGGUGGUAUGAAUCUUCAGGCUGUGGAGGGAGGUUGGAUUUUCAUCGCCAUGAUACAGAAGCUGAAAUCUAGGGAUUCCCCACACAGCAGCCGCAGACGCGAGCUCUCGUUAAACAGAAGAGGAAUCACAGAAACCCGGGAAAGGAAAACAAACCUUCAAAGGAGAAAUUUCACUUCCAUGACACCAUUAAUCAUCCAUUUUUUAAUUAGGAAAAGCUCCCUAAUGAGGCACUUUCGCCAGCUAAUAGGACUCUCAAUUUCCAUGAGAACUAUUCUUGCCCAGAGGAUUAGGGGACUCAUUGCUCACCAAACCCAGAUCUCUCCCCGGUGUCCAAUUUCGUUUGCAAAUAAUGCAGGUUCCCGAGCACAGCGGAAGCCCUUUCCUGGCAUCCUGCGUGUUGCUCCCAGGGCUGACUGGAAAGCGCGGGUACUCCUCUGCCUUAAAAAACAGUGCCCGACACUGAACUCCCCCCCCACCGCCCCCACUUCCCCCACCACAAGGACUUAAGUGGAAAACAAAACAGAACACAAGCUGUAACGUUUGUUUCUAAAUAUUUUUGUAUUGUGUACAUUCUGUAUAUUUUUGUUGUAACAUAUUAUUUGAGCACAGAUUCCAUUAAAGAUUUUUUUUUUAAGGCAUUGGUGAUUCAGAAAGU